CGGAUCCGCCAGCUAAUUUCACUGCCUUGUCCUUAACCUUCGAUUCCUCGUGUCCUUUUCCCAAAACACCUCCGCGUGAUGGAUUAGGUUUUCCUUUUUAUCGGUGUCCUUCGUUUCUUUGCAAAGUAUCUCUAUUCGCUGGGCUCGUUUGCGGCCCUCCCACUAAAGCCGCUACUUCUCCUUCACGAUGCCGAAAAACCGCCCUGCCACGUCGGGCUACGCUCGCCUCGCCCAGGAGGAGGAACGCGGCUACCUCCAUGACGACUCGGAAGACGAUGAGAUUGCCGUCGCAUCCUCAACAAUCUCGGCCUCCGCCCCUCGUUAUGCCCCCAUCUCCUCUCGAGCCCAGAUGCAGGCGUCCGGUCUCUCUACGCCCCCCGGUCAUCGACGCAGACAUAGCCAAUAUCAACGGCGCGGCCGUCGCAAUUCUGGUGUCGACAUCAAGGCAAUCAACGCACGUCUGGAACGGUGGGCGGAUGAAAUUGCCUCCAAGUUCAAGAUCAACCGCGUCAAGGGCAAGACCUUCGAGGAAGAAAAGCUUGAGAUCUAUCAUUCGGUCUUCCAGGCUCCGCCCGGCGUUCGCGCCGUGACCGCGGAAGAUCUGGAGUCGGAUGAGUUUGAGGGCCAACAACGAAGGGCUCGGGCCGAGUUUGAGGAAAUCAUCGAGAGUGUCCGACUGGCAAUUGAGAUGGAUGUCCAUCCACGGAUGAUCGCUCAAGGUAGUUCGGGUAGUUAUUUCGCCCGCAACCCCGAAGGGAAAGUUGUUGGUGUGUUCAAACCAAAGGACGAGGAGCCUUAUGCCUCCCGAAACCCCAAAUGGACCAAGUGGGUUCAUCGCAACCUGUUCCCUUGUUUCUUUGGCCGAGCCUGCCUCAUUCCCAAUCUUUCGUACGUCUCCGAAGCCGCCGCUUACGUGCUCGAUGCCCGCCUUCGAACAAACAUGGUUCCCUAUACCGAUAUUGUCUACCUGUCCUCCAAAUCCUUCUUCUACGACUUUUGGGAACGGCGUAAGGCAUGGAAGGGGAAGAAAACGUUGCCUCCAAAGCCAGGUAGCUUCCAAGUAUUCUUGAAAGGAUACAAGGAUGCCAAUAUCUUCCUUCGCGAACAUCCGUGGCCCGACCAAACCAACACGGGUUUCCGUGCCCAAGAUGCGCCAAAGCGCAAGAAACGGCCAUGGAACGAGGCAUGCCGCCCGUCAGGCGCGCAAUCCGACGAUGAAGACGAGGACGAGAACGGCUACCUGCCAUCGCCAAACUCACGCGACGAGAGUCGCGAGCGGCGAUUCAACUGGACGGAAAACCUGAAGCAGUCAUUCCGGGAAGAGUUGGAAAAGCUGGUCAUUCUGGACUAUAUCAUGCGCAACACGGACCGUGGUUUGGAUAAUUGGAUGGUCAAGAUUGACUGGGGUACUGAACAGGUCUCGAUUGUGGCGGACCCUCCGAAGAGCACCGAGCCUACACCUAAACACGACGACGACGAACUUAUGCCACCGGCUCGCCCAGUCUCCGUGAACUCGAAUGGUUCACAUCCAUACAAACGCCAGGAAACGAUGAUGGCUGUGAGUCGCACGGGAACACCCCUGGCUUCGUCGGAGCAGCAAGCUUCCGUUCAAGUAGGCGCCAUUGAUAACAGUCUCUCGUGGCCAUGGAAGCACCCAGAUGCCUGGCGAAGCUUUCCAUUCGGAUGGCUCUUCCUGCCGGUCUCUUUGAUUGGCCAGCCUUUCUCACAAAAGACCCGUGACCAUUUCCUCCCCUUGUUGACAUCUACUGCCUGGUGGAGCGGAACCCAAAUGGCUCUGCGUCAGGUGUUCGCUCAAGACGACGAUUUUAAAGAAAGCAUGUUCGCGCGUCAAAUCGCAGUGAUGAAGGGCCAGGCCUGGAACGUUGUCGAGACCUUGAAGCAACCCGAUCACGGCCCGCUCGAGCUGACCCGAAGAACUCGGGUUUGCGUGUGGGAUGACUUGGUGGAUGUGCCCGUUGCCAUCCCAAUGCGAGCCCCUUCUAUGGACGCGCAGAGACACCAAGCCACGAAUUAUGACUAUAACGAAGAGGAAGAAAUGGACAUUGGCGCCGCCAUCUCUUCCAAUGCCGAAAACACUCAUGACCUUCUCGGUUUGGACUCCGCACCGACUGAUCUCCCCAACCCGAACCGCUUUGAACUUAACCGCGGUCAAUCGGACAGAGAGUCGAUUGGCAGCCCUGGGACCUUGAAUGACGGGGACUCUGCACGCCGGACCGGCGAUGGCGCUUACGCUAGAUCUUUGGACGGAUGGCCGUCGUUGCCUGCUCGACCUACCAAGCCCCGUAAACACGGUGGCUCCGUGUCUUUCCGUGUGCCUCAUGUCAAUACUUUUGGCAGCGAUGAUCUUGAAGGUGACCUUGGAUACGCUGCCGCCGAGGGCAUGGAAGGCAACCAGCGCAAAGUCAUUGUGGAGCGCCUAGAAGCCGUUAAGAGCAAGAACCCGGUCUUCACUUGGUGCUAAAAGCCUCCUUUCCUUUGCUUCCGGUUGUUCUGUUUUCUCCCACCAUUCUCCCUUACCUUCCUCCAUUUUCCAUGUUGUUGCAUUUUCACUCAACUAUUUAAUUCGCAAAUUCUUCGUUUAGCGUUCUUUUCUCGGUCUUCCCAAGGCAUCGGCUCCGGCAACAGUUCGUCUUUUCUUUUUCUUUUUUGUCUCGCCGGGGUCUGAUUGCAGGUGUAUCUUGAGAUAGAGACAUCUUGCCUUGAUAUGUGCUUCACAGAUAUUUUUUUUUCUUCGCGCGCCAUGCUCAUGAUUGGGAAAUUCGUGUUGUAUAUAGACCAUCUCUGGCUGUUCGGGUUGGGUUGUGGCGCAUUGACUGAGCGCCUCAUGUAGCAUAUAUGACGAGACUUAAUUCUAUGAUACCAUCGUCCGAUA